AUGACUUUAGACUCCAUGAUGGCUUGUUGCCUGAGUGAAGAGGCGAAGGAGUCCAAACGAAUCAACUCUGAGAUUGAGAAACAACUCCGGCGAGACAAGAGGGAUGCAAGAAGGGAGCUGAAGCUUCUUCUGCUGGGUACUGGAGAGAGUGGCAAGAGCACCUUCAUCAAGCAGAUGAGGAUAAUCCAUGGGUCAGGCUACACAGAUGAGGAUAAGAAGGGCUUCACCAAAUUGGUCUACCAGAACAUCUUCACCUCAAUGCAGGCCAUGAUCCGUGCAACCGAGACCCUCAAGAUCCCGUACAAGUACGACCAGAACAAGAAUAAUGCCCAGGUGGUACGGGAGGUGGACGUGGAGAAGAUUUCAUCAUUCGAGCAGCCGUACACGAGUGCGAUAAAGAUGCUGUGGGCUGACCCUGGCAUCCAGGAGGCCUAUGAUCGCAGGAGAGAGUACCAGCUCUCCGACUCAACCAAAUACUAUCUAAGUGAUCUGGAUCGUAUUGCUGAACCGUCCUAUCUACCAACCCAACAGGACGUGCUUAGGGUUCGAAUCCCAACCACUGGGAUCAUAGAAUACCCUUUCGACUUGCAAAGCAUCAUUUUCAGGAUGGUGGAUGUGGGGGGUCAGAGGUCCGAGAGGAGGAAGUGGAUCCACUGCUUUGAGAACGUCACCUCCAUCAUGUUUCUGGUGGCGCUCAGCGAGUACGACCAGGUCCUGGUGGAAUCGGACAACGAGAAUCGUAUGGAGGAGAGUAAAGCUCUUUUCAGGACCAUCAUCACAUAUCCAUGGUUCCAAAACUCCUCCGUCAUCCUCUUCCUCAACAAGAAGGACCUGCUGGAGGAGAAGAUCAUGUAUUCUCACCUGGUUGACUACUUUCCAGAGUUUGAUGGCCCCCAGCGGGAUGCCCAAGCAGGUCGGGAGUUCAUCUUGAAGAUGUUUGUGGACUUGAACCCAGACAGUGACAAGAUCAUCUACUCCCAUUUCACAUGCGCCACCGACACAGAGAACAUCCGCUUCGUCUUUGCCGCCGUCAAAGACACCAUCCUGCAGCUCAACCUCAAAGAAUACAACCUGGUGUAAAAAGAGAAAUGAGAGAGAGAGAGAGUGAGAGAGAGUGAGAGCAAGAGUCCUGCAGCUACACACACACACACACACACACACACACACACACACACACACACACACACACACACUCACACACACAUAAUGCAGAGUCCACUUUUAGAAACACACACAUCUGCAUGAAACGCACUGCUGCUCAAAGAGUUAAGCAUUGCCUCAUACCAGACCAACACUAUCGAUGCUCUGUCCCUACAGUUCACUUAGCACCUGGUUUGCCCUUAUUUUAAAAGAAUGGUUAUCUGUUUCGUGGCUCUAAAAGUUGCUCCUCUUGUGCAAAUAUAGAUAUAACACUCCCUCCAUUCGUUCCCCUCUCUUGAGGUUUCAGUCUGCUCCGGGGCUCCACUUGGUCCUCGUUCGAGCUUGGGCGUUGCUUACAUUUUUUUUUGUCUUCUUUACACUACAGUAUCACCAGUGCUUGUGUGUUCAAGGUGGGUAGAGGGCCUUCUCUGGAUAAACUAAGCUUUUUCUUAUUUAACCUGUGCAUGCUAUACACUACAGCACCAGGGCAUGAGGCCAGGCUGCAGACCCUGGACUCUGCUUCUCUGCGAAGGGUAACUAGUUAUGAUUAUAGGAAUAUAUUAUCAGGCAGUUCUGGGGUGCAGUAAGGUACUUUGUUCCCCUGGAUCUUGAAUUGUGAUUUGAUUUUUGUUAACCCUGCCCCAAAUCAGAGCACAGAAGCUCUGUUGAAUGUAAAUCAAGUUUUCAUGGGCUAGACAGAGAUGACUACACGCUCUCUGCAGACCUUUAAUAUUUUUAGCUAGGUUAACUUCUUGGUUAUAUUAUUACUGCUAUUGUUCUCCAAUUUAAAAUUGAAUUGAAGAGGACUACUCAAAGGAAUGCAACGCUCCUCUUACACUGCCCCUCAUUUUAAAGUGUCAACAUACAUCACGAAACAGAAUUAAGAGACAACACUACCGAUAUUUACACACUUCAUCUCUCGUUCAGUCAUUUUGUAUCACAUCGCCAAAUUAAAAGCACCUACGUUUGUUUCUGUAAAUAUAAUUACUUUGCCAGUAUCCUGUUCAUCCCUUACCUGAUUCAGAUACUAACUAAGCCUAUUAGAAAACUGGUAUUGCCAAAAUUAAGUGCUUAAAUAAUUAAGUGGAUCAUUCAGAUGUUGAUGGAAUAACAACUCACUUUGUGUGAAUGUCAACUGUUGAAUGUCGGAAUCAAUCAAUCAAUGUAUUAGUACAGUGAUUUAUUUUCUUUGUUCCCUUAGAUGGUGCCAAUAAUCUUCCUGUGCACAAUGUGUGAACGAUAAUACCAGAUUAGUAUAGUGCAAUAGUCAGUUGUAGAUGAAAUAAAGUCUUUGCGCUGCCAGUUAGCUUAAGUCACAAGUUGGUCUAAAUCAUCCAUAUGGCUUCUCACCGUAAUCGACUUUAUUUUGCCAUAUUGUUUGGCUAACCUUUGAUAAACUGUAAUGAAUUAGCAAGAGAGUAAAUUGUUCUUUUUUGUAUGUCUAAUUUAUCAGUCAGAUCUACGUAUGGUUGAUACAGUAAAUGAGACUUCCUCCCUAGUUUCAGCUCAAAGUUUUUCCAACCGAGGAGACAGGAGGAGAUUUUAUACUGCUGUAAAAUAUCCAAACUAUUUUAUGGACGCGUGUUCUAUCUUUCUAAUGAUAAUUCAUAUAUUUAGUUGUUGCAGUUCUGUUUUGAGAUGCUUGGCAAUGGGGGAAAAAAAAAACACUGUUUCCAUGUCGGGUUUGUGCUUUAUGCAAAUAGGAAAAUGAAAACAGACAAAAAACUUAGUGGUUUAAUAUUUACUGUUCAAGGAUGCUUGCUUUUUUUUUGUAAUUUUUAAGGAUAUGUGUUGGCUAUUGGUACCAAUCCCAUAUCGUGUCUCUUGCCUGGUAGUUGUUUAAAUAUUCCAUUAAGCUGAACGUUGAUAGAUGGCUAUUAUUGUCUUCACAAUGUAAUUCAGGUAAGUUUUCAUAACUUUUUCAUCACAAGGGCUACUACUAGCAGCUUUGGUAGAAAUGAAAGGACUCCACGGAUGGCAUAGAGCAAAAGGUGCAAUUAAUAAACGAGGAGGGGGGGGGGGGCUAUGAAUCAAGAGUGUGUUGACAUCCUGUUGAAAGUGAUGGCCGCAGGUUCAGUGAGGGAGGAAUGCAGCAGUCCAGAGGCUUCAUGACAUUCCAGAGGGAGGUCUGGUGGCUGUUUGGCUCUUUUGUUCACUAUCUUGCUCCCUUUAGAGGAGGAGAAUGGCUAACGUCAAAAGAAGUGGGGUUUCCCAAGGUGCAAUAGCACAUUUUUAGUGUCCUGUCUAUCGCUAAUCUAACCAUCCUUUUAACGCUUAUAUAAAUGAUGUGCUGAUCUUCUUGGCUUUAUAAUAUUUUCCACUAUGUGGCUAUGCAUAUUUGGUUUAUCUUCUCAUUGGUAGUGUUUCCAUGUUUGGCAUUGGCUGUGUUGGAGUCAGAAAAAGGGGAGUGCUUAGGACAUUUUGACCUUUUUGUGCACAUUGAAAGAGCUGGAAGGGUCGGAAUUAAACAUCAAAGAAAUGAUUACGGAUCCUGCUGUACUCCCUUAGUGUCUCAAACUGUUUGCCAAAAGGUUUACAAUUAAAAAGAGAUCUUAUUUUCUACAGAAAAGCUGUAUGAUCUUCUGAGUUUUAGGGGAAUUCACUCACCUUGUGUAUUACUUGGCCUUGAUUUUAGUCACAUGCACCCAGUAAGAGUAAUCUUCACAUCUCUGGGGCAAGUGUGUACAUUGUGUUGAUAAAGCCAUUAUCUUGUGUGUUUCGUGCAUCCUAAAACACUUAAUGAAGGGACAUGUAUAUGUAUGCUAAGUGCCAUGAUUUUAUAUGAGUUGAAACAAUAUCAGAGAUGUUGCAAAGCUCUGACUGACAAUUCAAGUUAUUUGGGCUGAGAUCUUGUUUUUCAUGUAUUGGUAGUGGGUUGAUCUUUGGUGCUUCAGCCAACAUUUAAAGGCCUUUGCUUGACGGUUUGGUGAUGAUUUUCACACUCGCUAACACAAGUGAAUUUUUUUAGUGUCCGAAUACAGUACACUUUUUAGUUUGAAAUGAUAGGAGCUUAUGUAUUAUAUAAUAUAUGGAUGAAUAAACUAGCUGACAGACUUUACCCGAGCUUGUAAAGGAGUAUUGUGUUCUGCUUCACUGCUGGGAUAACAUGGCAAUGUCUAUUUGUUUUUAAAAUCCUCCGAUUCUAUCCAUUUCCCUGAACUGUGGCUUCCAACCUUAAGGGUAGGUGUGUUACCUUCCAUUUCUUAUAGAUGAGAUGUUGUGCAGCAAAUGGACUUGAAUGGACUGCUAUGAGGAUGAUACACAAAAUGAAGGUGACCAGUGUUGGCAUGAAGUUGUACUCUUUAAAAACUUGAUUGCAUCAGUGUUUACAUGCUGACUAUAAGUGCACUUCAUGCCUUGUCUGGUUAGCCCCUCACAUCCGCAUGACCAACACAGAAAAAGUUACAUGGUUACACUACCAGUGAUUAGAGCCAACAGCAGAGCUGGGUCAUUUAUUUCAAAAUCCUUCCCACUGAUUUGUACUCUAUUUGCUUUAUUCAGUGUAGAAUGCAUUGUGGAGAAGAUUUGUACGACAAUCCAGUACAAAACACUGUGCCAAACAAAAUCAAUCAGCCACAGAAAAGAUAAGAAAAGAAAAAUUCACAAUUUGUCGUAACCUGUCCCAGAGAUCUGUGGUUAAAAAAAAAAAGCAGCUUUUGUCAUUAUGGUGUAUUUUUUUUCUCUCCAAAUGAAGCUUGUUUGUUAAGCCGCAGUAUUAAUGUAUUUAUUGAAAGACUUGCCAAGUGAAGGUACUGAAAUGGCCAUUAUAAUAUUUUGCUGGUUAUAAUCGCGAGUAAAUGAAUGAAUAUGCUGUGUGUUUACAUGUCUGCCAUUCUCCGCUCUCUCCUUUUUUCCCUUACUUGAUUGGACUGUGUAUUCUUUCCCUGGGUCGAAGGCACUGAAACUGCACCACUGCAAUGGGCCUGCAUUCAUGCAACUUAGAUGUCCGUUCAGCCGCGCUCAUUGGUACUCUGAGGUGUGUGUGUGCGUGUGUAUGUGUACACUUUUGAUGGCUAUUGUUUAUGCUUGAGAUCCAUUCUGAUUAGAGGGAUGGACUUACGGUAAUAUUAAAAGCUAUGUUUGCAUCUUUUAUUUUGUUUCUUUUGUAAGGUUGACACACCUUAACACAUGUAUUAAGGACCACUUAAGAUGACACUUUUUUUUUUUUUUUUAAAAGAGUUCAAAUAAACUAGUAGUAGUGGUGUACAAAUUGAAAGUAAUGUAUUUUUGUUUGAUUUUUUUUCUUCUUUUUUUUUUAAGUAUACCAAAUGUAAAUUAUGUACAAUAAGUGUGCCAAUCCCCUUUCUUUGUAAAGCCCGACUCUUAACAAGUGCCAAUGUUGUGAAAAUAAAGGGGCCUGUGAAUUUCAUGGUCCAGUUUUUAAAACAAAUAAACACUUAAGUAUGUGAUUAACUAAAAAAAGGACAAUUUUAUUCUAUAUUUAAGAUUAACGAUAAACUGCUGUUUUUAAGAUAAAUGUAAUUUUAAUUGCAUGUUUGUCAGGUUAGGGAGGGGGUGGGUGGGUGAGAUACUGUAUUCAUGCAACGCCCUAGUGAAAAGGGUCCUAAUGGUUAUUGAUUUACAGUAUUUUAGCCAUAUUUCUCUUUUGUAUGUUUCAUUUCAACCACUGUUGCCUGAACCUCAUUCAAACAUGAAAAUGAUUUUCAUAGCCUUCUCCUUUAAAUGUUUUAAAUUGGAAUAAAAUAUGUUCCUAUACUCUC